AUGCCGAAUGGCAUCAGUAAGCGCCAGCAGCAGCGCAAUGAGAAGGCCCUGGCCGAGUUGAUCCGGACCGUCCCUGGCAAUGACCGGUGUGCCGAUUGUGAUGCCCUGACCCCAGGAUGGGCGAGCUGGAACAUGGGUCUCUUCCUGUGCAUGCGGUGCGCCGCAAUCCACCGCAAGUUGGGCACACACAUCUCCAAGGUCAAGUCUUUGUCGAUGGAUACUUGGUCUGCGGAACAGGUUGAUAACAUGAAAUCCCAUGGCAACCUUCUUAUGAACAAGAUCUACAACCCCAAGAAUAUAAAGCCGCCAGUUCCGACCGACAUUGACGAGGCCGACUCAUGCAUGGAACGGUUCAUACGACAGAAAUACCAGUACCGGUCGUUGGAGGAUGGCAAGCCCAAGCCUCCUAGCCGGGAAGACUCUAGUUAUACCAAGCGACACGAAUCGAGACGCGAUGAAUACAGCCGUGAUGAAUACCGACGCGAUGAAUCGAGACGGGCUGCAUCACCGGACAGAUCCCCCGAGGGUUCGCCCCCUCCACUCCCGCCGAAGUCAGGCAAGUUUUUUGGGUUUGGACUUCGGUCAUCCUCCUCGACCUCGAACCUUCGUCGAUUUGGAACCAAGAGGGGGUCGCCGGCCAAUGACCAGCGGCCCUGGUCUCCGCCACCCUCAAAUAAGAUCACUGGGAUGGGAGCACCGGUUGCUGAUGUGACGACUGCCUCGUUGGAAGCGAAGAUGGCAGCGCUGCAGGAGUUGGGUUUCACCAACGACCGACGCAACGAGAUGGUCCUCAAGGGUCUCAACGAAGAUUUGGAUCGGUGUGUUGAGACACUGUCGAGACUAGGCGAAGGAAACCCCGACUUGAUCCGGGCCUGGGCUGCGAAGAAGACAGCUCAAACAAGAGCAGUAUCCGCCACAGUGCCUGCUGUCGCCGUUUCUAGGCCAGAAACGGCAAACAACCCUUUCGAUAGGGCUGUCUCGAACCCUGUUCCUCAACAAUCGCAGCCUGCGCAGCCCACACAGCCGAGUUCGUACAACCCAUUCGACCAGUUCACUCAGCCACCGCAACCUAUGCAUACGCCCCAGUCGGCUCAGCCUUUGGAGAACUCUUUCCAGAAUCUCCAGGUAUCCCAGCCCUUGUUCCCGCACUCCACUGGUGGAUAUCCAAGCCAAGCUAGCUCCAUGCAGCAGCCUGCAUACCAGCAACCGUAUACCCCGCCGGUGACAGCAACGUUCUCUCAGGGUGCUUAUGUUUCCUCACCCCAGCCUGUGGACAACAACUAUAAUCCAUUCUUUCAAACAGCGCCUCAGCCGCAGGGCGGCAUGGCCAGUCAAACUUAUCCCAACCCGAGUGCCGCGCAGAACAAUCCAUUCUUUAACACAACUGCGCAAACCCAACCACAACAGCAACAGCUAGCACCGCCGGUGCCGACAAUUACGGUGCCUCAUCCGCCUCAACAUGCAAAUACUAUGCCAGCGAUUUCAUCCAAUUCGCCAUUCGGCACAUCUCCUUUUGGAUCAACGCCUCAUUUCCAGCAGCAGCAGCAGCCCCAGCAAGUUCAAAAUGCUGGCCAGGGUUCUUUUAAUCCUUUCCAGCAGUCCAUGGGACCGCCAACCCCACAGAGUGCAGGUGGUUAUCCGAAUGGCCUCCCGAACCAAUACCACCAGCAGCAACCACAGCAAUUGGCACCCCAAGCCACUGGCCACAUGGAUAAAAACAGCAUUCUUUCUCUCUAUAACCUCGCUCCCUCGCCCAGCAACGGAGUUCCCCCACUUCCGCAACAGCCCCAGUCUCAAUUCCAGCCCAACGCAGGAAUGAGCCCUCUUCCGCCACUUACGCACUCUCUCAGCUCCACUCCGCAGACCCAGCCCGGAUCCAACAUCCAAACCCCACAGCAGAACACUGCAACCCGAAACCCAUAUGGGCCUACUCCCGGCUCCGGCGCUGGUUCGGGUCUAGCCGCCCAAGCAGGCGUGAAUUACCAAUCUUCCGGAUUGGGCAUCGGAAUGGGUGCCAACGGCACCGCAGCCUCUGCUCCCGCUCCCGCUCCUGCUUCGGCAAUGGGAAUGGGCUUUGGCACUUCAAAUCCCUAUGCCUCUAACCCUAGUCCCUUUACUUCGGUAAACCCGAACAUGCCUAGAACGCAUAUGAGCCAGCCAAGCGUCGAUAUCAACGGACUGCAGAAUGGCCGACACAGCCCAGAUGCUUUUGCCAGCCUGAGCGCGCGCUAUGGUUGA